AUUUAUAGAAAAUUAUAAGGUACGCCUACAUUUAGCUUUCAUAAAUGUUUUAGAAAUUAUACUUGUAUAGUAAUAAUUUCAAACCAUAAAAGACAAAUCUGUACCAUGAUCAAAUUCAACCAGGAAAAAUUUACAUAAUUUAAUUAUAUGUAUAGCAACAAAUCCUGGCUUACUAGUUUCCACUGUUCAGAAAAACAUUUUAAGAAGUGUUUUUAAUUGAGCGGUAAACUUUCAUCUGAAUCGAGAUUUGUCUCAUUUCUUCAUGGAACUUCAUAUGCUUUAAUGUUCAGUAUCAGAAUUGGCAUUUAGUGAUGCUAAUGAGAUUUAGAGUUUUAUAGGCAACUACUAAAAAUUAUUUUUGAAUAAAUCAUGGAUACCAUACACUUGUGAAUCACACUGAAAAUAAUUGAAUAUUUGUACAUAUUUCAGGUACAAUUUCAUCUUCUCAUGCUUUAAAUACAAGUUUGCUUGGAAAGUUGGUGAUGGCCCAGAACUAUAGGUUUUAUGACUAGCAUAUGGUUAACUGCAUAUGGAAGACAAAGCUAAACCACGGACACAUGCACUACUGUAUAUUGAGCACCUGUGCUCUGAUUGGAGUCUUUGUUUUAAGAUGAAAGGGUUUCAUAAGAGUGUUGCUAACUUUGUGAGCAGUAGUAUGGACUAUGAAGAAUAACCACUACACAAUACUAAAAUUUUAAUUAAAAAUUAAUAAGCAAAAUUCUGAUUAACUUGAUGCAUUCACUGAUGAACUGAACCAGAGUCAAUAAGGCUACAUAUUUAAAAUUUAAAGCAGUUGUGAUGGACCUUCAGAGCUCAGCUAGAGAUCAGCUGUACUAAUGAACAAAAUGAAGAACGUUAGUAUAGGAAAGUGCAUCUGAUUAGGCUCAAUUGCCUGUGGAAAAUGUACAUUUUAUGUGGCUUUAGGAGAUAAUUUUAGCAUCCCGCUGGAACACAAAAACCUCAGAGAACAUGAUGAAUUGAUCUGGAAGAAAAAUUCAGAAACAGUGUAUAAGAAGAAGAAAAACAGGGUACAAAUAAAUACCACAGUUGUCAGCAGCUCUGGCUCCUUACAGCUAAUUGAUUUGAAAAUGACUGACUCAGCAAAUUAUUCAGUAGAGGUACAUGAUAAAAACGGAGCGUUCCUUAAGGAAGACAGAAAAUGCCUUUGUGUGAUUGAAAAAAUUUUAUCAAAGCCUCAUAUUCAGUCUAAUUGCAGCAAGUCAAAACUGACCCUGACUUGUUCUGUGAAAAAACCUAAUAAUGUGAAGUAUGCCUGGCUUAAGAACAAGAAAGAAAUGAAAGAAAAUACCAAAACUCUGAUUGAAGACAAAAAAAAACUUAAAAGCAGUGAUACAUUUUCAUGCAACGUAUCGAAUGAAGUCAGUUACCAGAUGAGUGACGACAUCAAAUGUCCAGAUGACAAACUGCUUGGGUUGGACUUUUGGGUCAUGGUAGCCAUUUUGGCGACAGGAGGGGGUCUUAUUCUUAUUCUCAUCUUGGUCCUGGUGGUGUGUGUCUGUCGGCGACUGAAACAAAACAAGGAUCGAGAGCGAGAGGAAGAGGAGCUUCGGCUGAUGCACAUGAGGCAGCAGGCCCACCCCCCCAGGCCGCAGGAGGCCCCCAGGAGCCACACAGCUCCCUACACACACCCACAGAAUGGAGAGGAUUACACCCCGCCCCCCCCCAGACCAAGAGGCAAACGGCCCAGGCCUCCACCAGUGCCGGUCACGGAUGAGGAGAAACCCCCGCCACGGCCGAAGCCACGGCAGUCAGCGCCCCGCCACAACCGCACUUAGCUCAGCUUCCCACCAAGCAACUGUCAGAGCAACUUCAUUGGAAAGGUCACAUGUCCCUAUCAUCAGAGACCAGCAUGCAGGGCCACAAGGCCAUACAUACAUGAUAUCACAACUACUGUAGGUACAUAAUUCAAAAUAACCUUGCAAGGAAAGUACUAUAUGUGCUUUGUUUUACAUAACUGCAAAAGUAUUUGUGCCACAGAACAAAUAAUCUUUUAUAAAUAUUUGUGUGUGUGUCUGUGUGUGUGUGUAAUAUGUGUAUAUUAAUUUUUUUACAAUGUUUGGUGUACAGUACUGUGCAGAAGUCUUAGGCAGGUAAAGAAAAUGAUGUUU